CUCAACAGAACAAGUGUAUAAAACAAACGAUGGUGGAGAAGCACACUGGGAAGAGAAUCUGUCAGAUUAUUCGUCUCAAGCCGGAAUACUUAGAGAAGUAUAAAGAAUGCCAUAGGUCAAUCUGGGAGCCCGUUGCUAGAAACCUCACAAAGUAUCACAUUGAGGACUAUUCCAUCCAUUACGCACCCAUGUUCAAUCUACUCAUAGCCAACAUGAAGUAUACCGGGGAUAACUGGGAAAGAGAUAGUGAACUAAGUAGAAAUGAUCCGGGCAAUUUCGAGUGGUGGGAAAUGACUGAUGAGAUGCAAGAGACACUUGUUGAAGGAAGCACUGGAAGCAGGGAUGAGAAGGGCUGGUGGUUGGAUCUCGAGGAAGUGUUUAGAAAUGACCACUGAGUAUACGUUACGUCUUGAUUGGGAUUCGUCUGCGU